AUGACCUUCUACGCACGCGCCCGACGGCAGAAGCACCUGAGCAUCCACGACCCGGCGGUGCGGUCGCUGCGCUUGGCGGUGCUCAAAGCGGCGGGGAUCAACCUGCUGGUGCUGCAGCUGCUGUUCCUGGGGCUGUUUUGCUACCUGUUCGGCUCGCUCUUCCAGCAGACGACGCAUGUGCACAAUCUGAACGUGGUGUUCGUGGACUACGACGGCGGCGCCAUCGGGGAGGCUGUCCGCGCCGCGUACCAGCAGCUGCAGGGCCCGGGGUUCCCAACCCUAACCGAGCACGCGACGGCGCAGUAUCCCCAGUCGGACACUAUCACGACCGCCGUCUGCCACAUUGACUACUGGGGCGGGCUGUACAUCGCUCCGAACGCAUCGGAUCAGCUAGCCGCCGCUCUCGCCAGCGGCGCACCGCACUCCCCCGACGAGGUGCUCACCCUGGUGUGGAACGAAGCGCGCUACUCCACCGUGGUGGACUCGGCCAUCUACACCAGCAUGCAAACGCUCUCCAACGCCGCGCGCAUCGCCUACACCAGCACCAUCGCCCCAAACAUCUUCACCAACACCACCAGCACCAACCUCACCACCACCCUCACCACCCUCUCCCAACCCUGGACCCUAACCUCCACCAACCUGCAACCCACCACGCAAGGCUCGCGCCUCAUCUACAACACACUGGUAAUAAUCCUCAUCAUGAUCCAAGAAUUCUUCUACCUGGGGUACAUCAACAGCGUCUACCAACAAUUCCACCUAUACACGACCGUCGCCCCGCACCGAAUCGCAAUCAUCCGGCAACUGCUGGCGGGGACCUACACGAUGCUGGGCUCGCUCUCCACGACCGGCGCCGUCUGGGCCUUCCGGUACGGCUGGCGCGUCUCCGGGGCGCAGUUCGUGCUCACCUGGCUGGCGCUGUGGCUGUUCGCGCACCUGAACUUCCUGGUGCUGGACCUCUUCACGAUCUGGAUCCCGCCGCCCUUCGUGCCGAUGGCGUUCAUCUCGUGGAUCGUGGCCAAUGUCACCUCCAUUCUGCUACCAUUUGAGCUGGCGCCGGCUUUCUAUCGGUGGGGGUAUGCGUUGCCCGCGCAUGCGGUGUUCCAGGUGCUCGUGGAUGUCUGGUCCCGUGGGUGUAAUCCCCAGUUGGGGUAUGCACUUCCUAUACUGUUUGGGUUUGAGGUGCUCGGGUUGUUGGGAAGUACGGUCGGGGUGUAUCGCAGGGCACAUUAUGCGGUCCUGGCGAUGGAGAGGGAGGAGAGGGGGUGGCAGGAGAAGGUCGCUGCUGCUGUUGCGGCGGCGGUGAAGAUGAAGGAGAAGGGGGAGGGAGAGGGGGAGGGGGAAGGGGAAGGGGAGGGCUCGGCGGGGACCGGGCAGCAGCUACAGCGAGAGGAAGAGGAAGAGCGGAUGGAUCAGCUUGCCCGAGAAUUGUCGCAGGUGGAGAGGUCGGCUACUCGCAGGCAGAAGCCGGGGCCUUGUUUCGAUUUGCCGUUCACUGAAUGA